AGCCCUGAAUGUCAUUUUGCUGCCAUAUUUCAGUAUUCGAGCUGGAACUUUAUUUUUAAUUUUAUUGAAAAAUUAUUUCAAAUAGUGGGAAAAUACCCUGUUAAUACCUAAAAGCACAAAAAUCGAUGCUAUUUUAUUUAUCAACCCGACUCUUGUAAUGAUUUGCUUGCUUUUGCAGCAAAUUCACGAUUUUACUGCUUUAAUUUUGCCAGCUAAUGUGAUUUUUUUAAUUCUUAUUUGUGUUUUAGUGUGCCAUUUCCGCCAAAAUUAUUAUAAACCUCAAAAGCAAGAGAUGGCAAUGCAACAAGUGCUGGGAAUUGUUCGGAACGCGCGGCCUGCUGGUCGCGCACCGCAAGCAGCAGCACCAGAUGGAGCGCCGCGAACCGCUGACCGCCAUGUGCGAGAUCUGCUCGAAAACGUUCAAAAACCGGUCGCAGCUGCGCGUGCACUUCCGGCUGCACCUCGACUCGCAGCGCGUGCACAAGUGCGACUUCUGCGGCAUCACGUUCAUGUUCAAGAACCAAAUGCAGAACCACAUUUACGUGCACCUCGGCGCCAAGGAGCACCAGUGCGAGUUCUGCGCGCGCACCUUCGCCCACCCCGCCAGCCUGCGGCGCCACGUGCGCUUCCACCACCUGAACAAGCGGCCGGAGAAGAAGCACGCGUGCCACUUGUGUCCGAAGCGGUUCACCGACCUGUUGCCCCUGCAGAGGCACAUCCGCAUUCACACCGGGGAGCGGCCGUUCGCCUGCGAGAUCUGCGACUCGCGUUUCUCGCGCGACGACAAGCUGCGCGAGCACCAGUUGCGACACCACGACGUGAUGCCGCAGCGCUGCGUCAUGUGCGGCGCCGGCUUCCGACUGGUGCGCGAGCUGGUCGCCCAUUCCUUCGAGGUGCACAAGGCCCACCUGUACGACCUGUCGCGGCAGAAGCAGCGCCUCGUCACCCGGCCGUGAAACC